CAACGUCUGUCAGAGACACAAAACGGACACACAGAGACUAUCUUUCACCCAGUGAGCAGCAGAAGAAGGAUGCAGCGGUGGAGAGGCCAGGUGGAUGACAGCGGGGAGUUUAACCGGGCAGUGCUGGUGUCUGUGGCCCAGUUUGUCCCCGGUGUGGGUCUGGGGAGGAGGCCUGGAGCCGACAAGGACACCAAGACUCUCCACCGCACCCUGAGCAAGCUGGGCUUCAAGGUGGACAUCCACAGUGACCUGAGCGGGGACGAGAUCUACCAGCUGUUUCUGGAAGAGAGCCGGCGGCCUGUGAAGGACUGUUUUCUGGCCGUCUUGUCGUCUCACGGGGACGAGGGAUGCGUGUUCGGGGCUGAUGGGAAACCCGUCCAACUGUGUCGUCUCUUUUCAUAUUUUGACAACGAAAACAUGGAGAACAAGGCCAAAGUGUUCCUCGUACAGGUGUGUCGGGGAGGUGGUCUGGAUGACGGUGUGGAGGUGGAUUCAGCUGGUGACAGCAGAGACUUCUCACAGCAUCUCUCUAUUCCUGUAGACACAGCUGUGAUGUACGCCACACCACCAGGUUACGGGGCGUUCAUGCACCCACUCGGAUCCGUCUUCCUCCAGACGUUCUGCACUUUAUUAAAGGAGGACGGCAACCGUAACCUGGAGCUGACGCGCCUGAUGACCCGCCUCUCCCACCGGGUGGCCUACAGCUUCCAGGCCAAAGGCGGGAAUUUCGCUGGCAAGAAAGAGAUGCCGUGCCUCGUCACACGCCUGACUAGAGAAGUGUUCCCGUUCGCUGAGCCGGGGAAAGACAGCGGCGCCGCGGGGCUCUCGGCCACCUCGCUGCUCGACACUCAACACGUGUCCACACGCACUCCUUCCAUCAGUUAGCAGCAGCUGCAGACUGGACGGGACAGUUAUGAUCAGCAGGUAUGCAGACGGCUGAGACCGACGAGAUAAACCUGUUGGUCAUUUCUUCACGCUGUCUGACUUCCUGCAGAAAAUCCAAACACGUCAUCAGGGAAAUAUUCUGCGGAGAUAUUUUGCACAUACUUUACAAACUCUUGAGGAGAUGUCAGAUAUUUAAAUGUAAAGCUGUAACUCAAAUAAACUCUAAACCUACAUCAGGCAACAUGAUCAGAGUUUUAAGGUGAAGGAUUUUUCCAGAUGAAGGUCUAGUACCAAAACGUUGCCUACUAUUACAUUCAUUUCCUGCAAGUUGGACAGUGUGCACGAGUUUAUUGCAACAUAUGUUUAAAUAUGGGAAAUGUAAAGCUGUAUUUAAUGGACCUGUGUGCGGAUGUUUGAGUGUGUAAACUUGCAAAGAAACUUUCACACACUGUCUAGCUACAAAGACACAUUUAAUUGCAAUGUUUCAGUACUAGACCUUUAUCGGGCAAAAUGAUUAGAGAUUUAAGGAUGAGGAUUUUGUCCGAUGAAGGUCUAGUACCAAAAGGUUUUUGACCUUUGACCUACUCGUCCCUCUCCUACUGUCUCAUGUAAUAGAUGUGGAGAGUAUUUUUCUGUUCUGUGUUUGUAAAAAAACCUGAAAAGGACUACUAGAAUAUUUUUAAUUACAUCUUAAGGAAUCCUUUCCUGUUCAUAUACUUUAAGAUCAACAUGAAUAUGAUCUCCUUUUCUCUGUACUGGCAGCACAAAGAAGACAAAAUCUCUGCACACUUCUGUCUAAAAGUGAAACAUUUUGUUGAAAGUCCAAAGUUAGGGGAACGGAGCUGAUCGAUGACCACACAUCAUUGUUCCGGUUUCUGUAUGUCAUUAUGUUUUACUUUUAGCCCCCAGUGACUGUGAUGUAAUGCUACCUAAUGUUAACAUGUCCUGUUUUUAUUGCAGCUUAUCAGCAUCCUUCCUCGCCUGCUGCUUGGAUUAUUUCACUUGUAGUUAUAAAAUAAGGACAUUGAGUGUCAAAUGUAUUCAUAUCAUCUUUUAUUGUAUAACAUGCUAUGUAUCUAUUUAAUAUUGAACAUUUUGGUGCUCCGUAGUUAUUCUAAGUGAUGACGAGAUGAUACCUCAUGAAGUGGUGAAGCUUUCCAGCAAAGUGGUUCAUUUCUACUACCUGUUGGCCAAAGAGCAUAAAGCAGGCAGAUAUAUUACCUAUGAUCUGAUAUUUUGCGCAAGUAAAUGCUUAGAAAGUGACAAUCAAUUUCCACGUAAUCCGUUCAUAUCAACACAGUGUGUCUUGUGUGUGGUAU